AUGGACGCACGCAUAGACACGUCGUCAGGCCGCUUUGGCGGGCAGUGGGCGUUUCUUGCCUCUCCUUCACAGCCUGGACACGCAAGGUCCCUCCCUCAAUCUUCGAGCUACCUGCGCAGCAGCGAACGUUCCAACAUCUCCCCCUUACCCACUGCCCUUCACUUCCAACAGCUCAAUGCCUCGCGCUCCAGCCUUCCACGAAACCCCCAAACCCCCUCUAUUGGUGGCCAUAGUGUAACAACCAUCCCAUCUCAACCGGUUCUCCUUCGUGUUAACUCGUACGAUGCUGCAAUUCAAUCUCGCCCCCCCAGACGGUCGAGGGACAACAUCAUGGACAAUGGUUUAAAGAACAACGAGUUGCCCCCUGUGCAUGAGUUCAGUAUUCAAGGUAUACUGGCAGCCAUUGCGGAGGAUGUUGAAGAAGACUUCAAUGCUGUCUCCGAGAUCCUAGGAAGGAGUCGUCUAGUCCUUGCCGACCAGCACGAAAGCCACCUGCCUCCUCAGGGUGAAAUUAGAGCCACAGGCAGUCCGUUGCAGGCUGUAGCUGAGGCCAGUUCCAGUAACGAACGAUUGGCCGCUACAGACGAUGUUCUCAUUCUCCGAGAAGAUGCCAGCCUUGUCGACGGAAGUCAUACUGGAUCCGCCGCAUAUGGACUGUUGGAGAGACUACAGGCAGUUCCGCGGACAAAGAGGAUAAGAAGCGACGUCGAGGCAUCAGCUUCACGCUCGCCAACUAGACCAGCUCGACAUUACUCGGCAUCUGUUGUUUUGUUGGAUCCCAUCCCUCCGGUGGAACCCGUUGACCCUGUUAUGCCGCAAACUAUGCCUAUUUCUUCGAGGCAAUUACUACACAAUCGAGUACAAGAUGUUGAAGACGACGGUGAUACUCCUUCUCGAGCCACGAAUGCGGUUGUCUCCGAAACGUACCUUCUUGCUGGUGCCAACGCAACUACAAUUUCCGAUCCACCUAUCGUUUCUGAAAGUGGCCGUCACUAUCCUCUGUAUAGCUAUGACUAUACAGAACUGUUUGAAGGGCCAAAUCCUACUCCUGCACCGAGUCGAUUGGGUUUCCGCGCGAGGAUGCAGGCACUUCUCUCACGUCGGGACCUGCAGAAUUUGACCUCGUGGGCCUACGGCCGAGGGGAUCGCGUGGUUAGCGCAGAGUCUCAGCUCAGGGGUAUACUUGAAAGACAGCCCCCUUCUACCAGAAGGAGAAACAUGAGCAGCGCUCAUGAAGAUGCGGAAUUGUAUCAAUAA